AUGGAACAAAAGACUGAAUCAGAGUCCCUGAGCUGGGGUGAUAUCAUGGACAUGGAGAUGGAGGCUGAGGACUUGGUAUAUAUCAUGCCAUGGGCCAGCAGCAGCAGCUGCCAGCAAAACCUGUCCAGAGAGGUCCCCACGGAGCCACAAGAUAAUACUCCCUCUCAAAGGGUGGAGGAAGGCAAGGGGCAAAACCAGCAAAGAGAGCUCCCAAUGGAGUCACAAGAUAAUACUCCCUCUCAAAGGGUGGAGGAAGGCCAGGGGCAAAACCAGUCCAGAGAGGUCCCCAUGGAGUCACAAGAUAAUACUCCUUUUCAAAGGGUAGAGGAAGGCCAGGGGCAAAACCAGUCCAGAGAGGUCCCCAUGGAGCCACAAGAUAAUACUCCCUCUCAAAGAGUGGAGGAAGGCCAGGGGCAAAACCAGCAAAGAGAGCUCCCAAUGGAGUCACAAGAUAAUACUCCCUCUCAAAGGGUGGAAGAAGGCCAGGGGCAAAACCAGUCCAGAGAGGUCCCCAUGGAGUCACAAGAUAAUACUCCUUUUCAAAGGGUAGAGGAAGGCCAGGGGCAAAACCAGUCCAGAGAGGUCCCCAUGGAGCCACAAGAUAAUACUCCCUCUCAAAGGGAGGAGGAAGGCCAGGGGCAAAACCAGCAAAGAGAGGUCCCCAUCAAGCCACAAGCUAAUCCUCAUCCCCAAAGGGUGAAUGCCACUUGUUGGCAACCAGCCAGGGGCCCCCUGGAAAGAGGGAUGAGGCAAGCAGUGGAGCACACCAAUGCCACCAACAAGACCAAGCUGCAGGAGUUACGAGAAAGGGUGAAGGAGGAGCGUAACAGCACACUCGAGCGUGAAAAGGAUAUCAGGAUGUUAAAAGAACAGCUGAAUCACCUGAACCCAUCCUUCAGUGUACCGGACAUGAAAUAUUAUUCCUGCAAAACAAAGGAGGAGCUCAUAGGUGUGAUUGAAGCACAAAAUAAAAAGCUCCAGGAGAGAGCCUCAGGGGGUCCAAAGUUGGAUGAAACCCUGAGAGCUGAAAACAACGCUCGAGAGAAGGAAAUGAAGGCCAUGCAGCAUCAGCUGCAUGAAGAGACCAGCAGUGGCCUUGAUCUAGCCUUAAAACUGAAGGCUCAGGAGGAGGCUAGUCGGGCGAUGCAAAAGGAGAUGGAGGAGCUCCAAAAACAGCUGGAGAUGUAUAAGUGGGAGUCAAGUGCAUCUGCCUUCACUCCAGAGGAGGACAUGGAUUUCUACGAUGAAGAUUACACUGAAGACUCUGUUGAGGAAACUCCUGAGGAGGUCAAAGAAGAGACAAAAAGUCUGAGUCCAUCCUCCAGAGCACCAGAGGAGGACUCAAAUACUGGCCAAAUACAAGAGCUCCUCGAUUUCAAGCUGAUCGAAAAACUGAACGUUAAGGAGGAGACAAGUCAGGUGUUGCAGAAGGAGGUGGAGGUGCUCCAAAUGCAGCUGGAGAAACAGACAGUUAAGUGGAACAAUGAGCCCUCCCUCCAAAAGGAGAACAACCAGAAAGAUUAUGUUCCUGGCGACAUGAUGGAGUUCAGGAUGGUGCGGUCCCGUCAAUACAGGCAACUGCAGGUUCACCGGCAGCAGCAGCAGCAGCAGCAGCAGCAGCAGCUAGCCCGUCUCCCGGUGGCAGAAGUAAACAAAGAUCUGUCAGAGAUUCAGCCCGACGGAAAACGGGAACUAAGCACCAGAGGAGGAGUCAACGAUGGACUGGUCAAAGACGUACCUCAACCUCUGGACAAAUCAUCCUUUGUGACCAAGACAACACUUGUCUAA